GCUCCUUCUCGCCCCAUCACACCCACGCCUCGUCUCUCCUGGUCCUCCUUUGCUGCACGUCGUCUCGGUUUCCGGUGCAUCUCACGACGCUGCGGCUGCUGCGCGCACCUCGGGCCAGUCCUCGCCGCAGCCUCGCCCGCGGGCAGCAGCCGACGGCCGACGCACCGCCCGCGCGCCCCUCGUGGCGGCACAUUUUUGCCUCGUCUGAGGUGCGCUGGCCGCUAUCAUGCUGCCCACCUCGUCGAAGGAGCGCGCUGCGGCACUCGCUGCUGCCGCGCGGAGGCGAGCCGGCUCGUCGAACGCACACGUGUCGCCCCUGCGGGCACGUUUGGGCGCGGCGCUGCCCUCGUCGUCGCUGGCCACCUUCUGCGCCGCCUGCGUUGCCUGGUAUUUGGCGAGUGCGCUGAGCAGCAACACCUCUAAGGCCCUACUUUCUUCGCCUCGCGUGCGACUCGCCGAUGGCAGCAAGCUGCCGCCGCCCUUUCCGUACCCCGUGUCGCUCACGCUGGUGCAGUUUGUCUUCGUGCACAUCUUCUGCGCACUGGCAUGCAGCUCGACCGUCAUGGCGCGCGUGCCGGGCAUCGGGCGUCCGCUUGGAAAGCUGCAGGCGCCGACGCUGGGCCGGGUCAAGGAGAUGAGCGUGCUGAGCUUCUUCAACGCGCUGGGACAUGCGCUCAGCAGCCUGGCGAUCUCGAGAGUGCCCGUGAGCACGGUGCAUACCAUCAAGGCACUCACGCCGCUGUUCACUGUGCUGUCCUUCCGCGUUCUAUUCUCCGUGUCGUACCCGAUGCGCACAUAUGCCGCCCUCGCGCCUCUGACGCUCGGCGUCAUGAUGGCAUGCACCGGCAUGGCGUUCAGUCCGGACGACCUGCUGGGUCUCUCCGCUGCGCUCGCCUCUACGCUCGUGUUCGUCGCCAACAACAUCUUCUCGAAGAAGGUGCUCAGUAAGGGCGGCAGCCGCGGCGACGGCGAGAAGAGCGACAAGUACAGCGUGCUCUACUACUCGUCUGGCAUCUCCGUCAUCAUCAUGUUGCCCUUCGCCUUGUACACGGACGUGCCGCGCAUGCUGGCGGCGAGUGCGCCGAGUCUGCUUGAGGCGAGUCUGCAGCGGCAGGUGGAUGCGACGCGCUCGGCUCCCCACGUGCUGUGGGGCCUGCUCGUCAAUGGCGUGGUGCACUUCGCCCAGAACGUGCUGGCCUUCAGCGUGCUGGCCCUCGUUUCGCCGGUGACGUACAGCAUUGCCGGGCUGUGCAAGCGCAUCUUCGUCAUCGUGGUGGCCAUCGUCUGGUUCGGGCAGAAGGUCUCCUUCCUGCAGUGCACCGGCAUCGUGCUGACCUUUGUCGGACUGUACAUGUACAACGACGCAAAGACGCGCUCCAGCAACGCUGCCAUCGACGCCAAGAUUCGCAGAGACGACCGCUCGUCGCUGCCCACGACCAGAGCCGACCUGCUCGAAGGCUCAAUCACGCUGCCGCGGCAGUUCCACGCCGUCUCGUCGUCGCAGCAGCUUGGCCACGCAUACACGAGCUCCUCUGCAGUGCCGCCAAGCAGCGCUCGGGGCACGUCCAGUGCGUGGGCCGCACCAGGUGGCGGCUUCGACGCACACCGCGAGGGCAAGUCGUCGUUCGCGCGACCAGCCGUGCUGCCCUUCGAUCCACGAGUCUCGCUGCCCAGCCCGCCGCCGAGCGGCAGCAACAGCGAGGACGGCGUCGACACGCGCCACCGAGACUAGACUGUGCCUCUGCAGAACGCCAUAGACCUUGCUGCGACAUAUGUACACUUGCCAUGCUGGGCCAAACUGCGGCGGUGUGGCGUGACAUGUGCUCUGCGGCCGCCAGCCGCUGCCUGCUCACGACACCCAUGACGCUGGGCGAUCAUCUGCUUCGCCGGACGCAGAGCCCUGUGGCAGAGGCAUCUGCCUCGCUCGUCCUUGCCUCUAGACACAGCUGCACGAGUUUUGAGGGUGACGACGCAAGAGAGAGAUCAGUGUCUGAGUCUUGCGGCCGACGGAGGCGUUCGCGCGGGCCGCAAGAAAGACGGCGCUUGCAGAAGGUUCAGCUCACUUCCCGGCACGGCCGGGAGGAAAAGCAGCCGGCCGCUACUCCCGCUGUGGUCUGCAGGAGAGCAGACAUCCUCUCGCUGCAGUGCUGCCGGACC